AUGCGCCUCUACUCCAGUGCUGUCAUCAACAAAGUUGCCACCAAGUACUUUGUCAAUCAGAAGUAUCGCAAAAAGAACAAACAUGUCCGUCUUUCCUAUCGUGACUACAGUGAUCUCUUUGCAUGCGAGCCCCAUGAGAUUAAGUACAUUUGGCGGAAGCUGGACGCCUAUGCUGAGGAAAACCCGUUCAAGCGAGUGGAUGGACUUCUCCUAACUCUGUUCUAUUACAAGAAGUACCCCACAUGGGAUGACUUUGCCAAGCGCACUGGUCGUGACCAGAACACACUGCGUAAAAUGACGGACAUGGUGACCACUAUUAUUGCUUCUAACGUUGACUGGAUCAAACUGUCCAACAGGUUCUAUGCUGACAAUGGCUCUAUCUGCAAGCAGUGCAUUGAUGGAAUCGAUGCUGAGACAAAGGAAGUCAGGCCCAUGGAUCCAAAGUUGAUGUCUCACAAAUUCAAGCACGCUGGACUCAGAUACCUUGUUGCCACCAACAUUCAGACUGGCGACUUGACCUAUGUGGAUGGACCCUAUGCUGCUGGAGAGUGGCCUGAUCUCAGGGCUGCCCGCAACCGCUUCUGCUAUGACAUGACUGCUGAAGGGCUGGAGGGUGAGAGGACUCUUGCUGAUGGUGGCUUCAAUGAUGGUUAUGAGUUCUUCGAAACACCAACUGGCCACAAUGAUGAAGAUCAGCGCAUGAAGUCUUUGGUCAGGGCUCGCCAUGAGCAAAUCAACUCCAGAUUCAAGGACUAUGCCAUCAUUUGCCAGCGCUUUCGUGCUAGGGAUCCUUUCAAGCAUGCUGAGUACUUUUAUGCAGUGGCCAACAUCAUCCAGUUGAAGAUCCACCGCAAUGGCUUGUAUGCUGAGAGUGAAAAAGCUACCAAGAUGUGGCAGGUAGACUACUAUGAUGUUUACCCCGAGGAGGGCAUGGAGGAAGUGGUCAGCCCUUGA